AUGAACCACAGCCACCGGCACCAGGCGGGCAGCAGCUGCCUGGGCACCAUAGAGGUGAAGAGCAAGUUUGGAGCUGAAUUUCGUCGGCUUUCACUGGAAAGAUCAAAACCCGGAAAGUUUAAGGAGUUUUAUAGAUUACUGCAACAUGUUCAUAAGAUACCCAGUGUUGACGUUUUAGUAGGCUAUGAAGACAUCCAUGGAGAUUUACUACCUAUAAAUAACGAUGAUAAUUAUCACAAAGCUGUUUCAACGGCCAACCCGCUGCUUAGGAUUUUUAUACAAAAAAGGGAAGAAGCAGACUACAGUGCCUUUGGUACAGACACACUAAUAAAGAAGAAGAAAGUUUUAACGAAUAUGUUGCGUCCUGACAACAAAAGAAAAAAGCCACACAUAGUCAUUAGUAUGCCCCAGGACUUCAGAUCUGUGUCUUCUAGUACAGACGUGGAUAUUCUCCCAGAAACACAUCGUAGGGUCCGUCUUUACAAAUAUGGCACUGAGAAACCCCUAAGAUUGCACAUCCGGGAUGGCUCCAGUGUCAGGGUGACACAGCAUGACUUAGAGAGUCCAGGGAUCUUUAUAUCCAGACUUGUGCCAGGAGGUCUGGCUCAAAGCACAGGACAAUUAGCGGUUAAUGAUGAAGUUUUAGAAGUUAAUGGCAUAGAAGUUUCAGGGAAGAGUCUAGACCAAGUAACUGAAAUGAGGAUUGCAAACAGCCACAACCUCAUCAUCACAGUGAGACCAGCAAACCAGAGGAAUAGCAUCAUGAGUAACAGUCGCACUUCUGGCAGCUCCGGCCAGUCUACUGACAACAGCCUUCCUGGCCUGCCACAGCAGAUACAACUGAGCUUUGAGCCAGAGGAUGAAGACAGUGAUGAAGAUGACAUUAUUACUGAAGAUAAUGGUGUGCCACAGCAGAUCCCUAAGGCCGUUUGUAACACUGAGAACCUAUCAUUAACGCAAAUAGAGCUCAGUUUUGAAUCCAGACAGAAUGGUUUUAUUCCUUCUAAUGAAGUAAACUUAGCACCCAUAGCAAGUGGCACAAAUACAGAAUUUGAAACACGUGCUCCAGAUCAAAAACUCUUAGAAGAAAAUGGAACAAUCAUAACACUGUGA